GACGCGAAACGCGCCCUGCCGCCUGCCAAGGACCCCGAUCUCGGCCAAUACUCGACGCAACGCUACGAGAUCGUCUCCGGAAAUUACGCGGAUGCGUUCAGGCUGUCCCAACAUCGAGGUCGCGAUGGCGUUCUCUACUUGGAUCUGCAAAACUCCGGGUCGUUGGAUCGCGAGGCUCGCUCUCGGUAUCAUCUGGUGAUAGAGGCGUUGGAUGGUGGCGCUCCGCCGCUUCGCUCGAGGCUACACGUGAACGUGACGGUACAGGACGUAAAUGACAAUCCGCCGAUUUUCAAUCAGACGAGGUACGUCGCCAGCAUUGCGGAGAAUGCGACCGUCGGGACGCCGGUACUCGCGGUGAACGCGACAGACAGCGACGCUGGUGACAACGGCCGCAUAGAGUAUUCGAUUAAUCGGCGACAAUCGGAUCGCGAGGAGAUGUUUCGUAUCGACCCAGAGACUGGCAUGGUUUACGUGAACAAGGCGUUAGAUUUCGAAUCGAAGGAGCGACACGAGCUAGUGAUCGUUGCUCGUGAUCGCGGCGCCCAGCCUCUCGAGGCGAGCGCGUUUCUCUCGGUUCGCGUGACCGACGUGAACGACAAUCAACCCGCUAUUACUGUGAUCUUCCUGUCAGAUGAUGCGACACCGAAAAUCAGCGAGAGCGCCCAGCCGGGUGAAUUCGUCGCUAGGAUAUCGGUCAGCGAUCCGGAUUCGAGGACCGAAUAUUCGAACGCUACCGUCACGUUGACCGGCGGCGAGGGACACUUUGGCCUGGCUACCAGAGACAACAUUAUAUACUUGGUGGUGGUCGAGAGGCCGCUCGACCGUGAGGAAAAGCCCGUUUACGAUCUCUCUGUGGAAGCGACCGACGCGGGAACACCUCCGUUGCGAGCCGUUCGAACUUUUCGUCUUGUCGUCACGGACGUGAAUGACAACGCUCCGAAAUUCGGCCGGGAAAGAUACGAAGCCCAUCUGUUGGAGGCCUCGGAACCGGGUACUCCGGUUCUGAAGGUAACGGCCACGGAUCUCGACGAAGGUGCCAACUCCGCCAUCAAGUAUUCUCUUCUCAAUUCCACGUGGUUCGUUAUCGACGAAACGUCCGGUUUGAUAUCAACGCGGACUCACGUUGACUGCGAAGCCGACCCUGCGCCGAUUUUAGUAGUGAUCGCCACCGACUCGGGUCGUCCGCCGUUAAGUAGCAGCGCGACAGUGCGCGUUACCGUCCAUGACCUCAACGACAACGAGCCCAUCUUCGAGAAGCCGCUGUAUAACGCGACCGUAUCGGAGGAUAUGCCCGUUGGCUCCUGCUUUCUCAAGGUACAAGCUACGGAUCCGGAUUGCGGCGUGAACGCCAUGGUAAAUUACACGUUAGCCGCGGGAAGAAUGGAAAGCGAACAGUUGAUGGUACGCAGCGAUACCGGAGACAUUUGCGUCAGAACACCGUUGGACAGGGAAACAGCUCCCUAUCUGGAAAUUCCCGUCAUCGCUACGGACAGAGGGGGCCUCAGUACCGUAGCUAUCGUGAGGGUGCAAGUAACGGACGUUAACGACAACCGUCCGAUCUUCGAACCCAGAAAGUAUAACGUCACCCUGAAGAGUGACGGUCCUAUUCAGGGACCGAUUUUGAGGCUGGUAGCUACGGACUUGGACGUGGGUCUUUUCGGUCAAGUAGCAUAUCGGAUCACCAACGGGAACGAAGCUGGUGUUUUCCACAUCGAUCGAAAUACCGGCGAACUUCAAGUCGCGAGACCGAGUUUACUUUCGAGAUCACCGCUGCAUCAGUUGAACGUGACGGCGACGGACGCGGCUGGCCUGAAGAGUACGUUCGACGCCGAAGUCCGGAUCACCACAUCCUCCCCCGGGCAUAGAAUCGCCAGCUGCGAGAAGCCACGCUACACCAUCACCGUUAAGGAGACCGUUCCUCAGAACAGCAUCGUUGGUGGCGUGAAAGACGGAGCUUCGUCCCCUGUGUCGUCAGGUGAACGGCCAACCAGAUUUUAUUUGGUGAAGGAAGAACCGGAUCUAAUGAUGGAUUCCAACACGGGCAUGAUUCGGAUUCGCCUUCCACUGGACCGAGAAACUCGGGACAAGUACAUUCUCAGCGUAGAGGCGCGCAAUGGAAUUUCCGCAGGCUACUGUCAGGUGGAAUUGAACGUGGAGGAUGUGAACGACAACGCUCCGACGUUCCCGACGAGCAGCGUCCGCAUUUCCGUUCCGGAAUCGCAUCCCCUUCAUUCGGCGCUUUACGUAGCACAUGCCACCGAUCCCGACAUCGUUCCGUCUCACCCUAUACGCUACGUCCUUGGCCAGAAUAGCAACGACCUCUUUGGAAUAGACGGCCGCUCGGGAGAACUCUAUUUAGCAAGGAGAUUGGACUACGAGACACAGCAAAGGCACGGUCUUCUGAUAAGAGCGUUGGAUGGUGCGGGUCUCUCCGCGAAUCUCAGCCUGAGCGUCGAGGUACAGGACGUGAAUGACAACCCCCCAGUGUUCGAGAGGAACGAGUAUCAUGUGGAGGUUCCCGAAGGCGCCAAGCUCGAUUCUCAAAUUCUUCAAGUGACCGCGGUGGACCUUGAUACGGGCAAUAAUGCGAGGCUGAGUUACCGUCUUCAAGGAUCAACGGCCUUCCGGAUCAGUCCUAAUACCGGUUGGAUUUACCUCGCGCAGAUUCUCGAUCGCGAGACCCUGGAUCGGCACGCGCUGACGGUUCUCGCGACCGACAACGGUUCUCCGGCCGCGACCGCGAGCGCUUCCGUGCUGGUCACGGUGCUCGACGACAACGACAACGAUCCCCGAUUCGAGAAGGAUUUUUACGGAUUCGACCUGUUGGAGAAUCUACCCUCGGGUACGCUGGUCGGAUCCGUGAGUGCUUCUGAUUCCGAUCUUGGGAAAAACGCCCUGCUCAGAUACGCGGUGGUCCAGGCCAACAGCAGUUUCACCGUCGAUCCUGAUACAGGCGAGAUCACGACUAAAGAGCCGCUGGAUCGGGAAACGAAAGGAGUGCACGAGCUGGUCCUCGAGGCACGAGAUCAAGGAACCCCGUCCAGAGCGGCCAGGGUACCAUUGAAGGUUACCGUACUGGACGUGAACGACAACUCGCCCGAAAUCGUGGAUCCGCAAGGGGACGUGGUGAGCGUCAGGGAGGAACAACCACCGGGAACGGAAGUAGCGAGGGUUAGAGCGUUGGACACGGAUCUCGGCGAAAAUGCGUCCGUAACCUACACGAUUUUGAAAGACCGAGACUCGGAUGGUUACAACGUUUUCACCAUUGAUCCGAUCACCGGCAUGAUCAGAACGAAGGCGGUUCUCGAUCACGAGGAACGGAACGUAUACCGGGUGUCCGUAAAGGCGACGGAUGCAGGCCGACCACCGCGACAUGGUAUACGCGCGUUAAGAGUCGAGGUUUUAGCGCUGGCGGAUAACCGGCCGACCUUCACCAGCAGCAGUCUUGCCUUUAACGUACGCGAGGACGCCAGUAUCGGACAAGCAGUGGGAUCGGUGUCGGGAGCGGGUCCAGCAGGCCGCGUGGCUUUCACUUUGGAUUCCCUGACACCCAUCAGCGAGUUUCCAGCAUUCGAUGUGGAUCGUAGCUCCGGUCAGCUGGUGGUCGCUCAUUCUCUCGACCGCGAAAACGUUAGUGAAUACCACCUAGAGAUUCGCGCAUUGGACACCACGUCGAUCGGCAACCCUCAGAGCAUCGCCGUCUCGGUGAAGAUCGUGAUCGAAGACGCAAACGACAAUCCACCCCGAUGGCCGCAAGAUCCGAUAACCGUUCGAGUCUCGGAGAAGGCGGUGAUCGGUUCUACCAUCUACAAUUUGACGGCCAUCGAUUUGGACAGCGGUUUGAACGGCGAUCUUAGAUACGGUCUGGUGGCCGAAUUUCCAUCGAGAGGUAGUUUUGCGGUCGAUUCGCUGACCGGCGCUCUAACCUUGGCUAGGCCUCUCGACAGGGAGGAAAGAGCCGAGUACAUGCUGAUCCUGAAGGCGUCCGAUCGCGCUCCUCCCGGCGAGCAACUAGCCUCGACCGUGACCGCGAGGAUCAUCGUGCUCGACCAGAACGACAACGACCCGGUUUUCGUUGCCCCGGAAUCGACCAAAGUCGCGGUCACGCCGGACCUCUUACCAGGGGCGAUGCUCGUGAGAGUGGUCGCCGUGGAUAAAGACGCAGGUGACAAUGGCCGUGUAUCGUAUGUGAUUACAUCGGCGAACGAGGAGGCGAGAUUCUCGGUGGGUUACGAAUCUGGUAUAGUGAGCCUGGAGAGGCCGAUGGUAAGGUCGACGGAGCUGGAGAUUACGGCGAACGAUCACGGUUCCCCACCGCGCAAGUCCACUCUCAGGCUGAUUCUGACGUUGGCUUCUGGACAGACCAACGGACCUCCUCGGCUACUGCUCGCCAACCCCGUAGCUAGAAUUUCAGAAGACCUCCAGGUCGGAGCACCGGUUCUAAACGUCGCCGGUCCUAUCAUCGCCGAUCAGGGUAACGUCAGCUUCAGUAUUCCAAGCAAUCUGGCCGCGGACAAAUUCUCCGUUACACCGAACGGUCUAGUGACCCUGCGUGGACCUCUGAAUCGCGAGGAAGUGUCCCACUAUUCCGUUCCGAUUUUAGCGAGGUCCAGCAAAUUGUUGGAUAUUAGCACGCUCGAAGUUUUAGUCAUGGAUGAAAACGACAACAGCCCCGAAUUUCGACCAGGUUCCUGUUACACGCUCGCCGUACCCGAGAACCAAGGGACUUCCGUGAUUCACACGAUCGCUGCGGCUGAUCUCGACGAGGGAAAAAAUGGGGAAAUUUAUUAUAGUAUCGUAGGUGGUAACAUUGGCGCAAAGUUCAUCCUGGACUCCAUAACCGGAAUGUUGUCGAUGUCGAAUCUAGAUCGGGAAGCGGUAUCCAAGUACAUCCUGACGAUUUCAGCCAAGGACAAAGGUCGGCCCAGCUUGGAGACACGAUGUAACUUAACCGUAAUCGUGCUGGACGUGAACGACAACGCUCCAUCAUUCGUUCAGAAUCAGUAUACCGAAUCGAGACCUCGAGGGCCUGUUCCAAGCUCCGAGUAUCCCGGAUUCGCUUUGUCCAACGGCUUCUCGUAUGGGUCUUCCAAUUACCCGACAAACUAUUAUCCUAGCAAGUACGUGGCAACUAUUUCCGAGGAUGUGGCACCAGAUUCUAGCGUCAUGUCCGUGAGAGCGACGGAUCCUGAUCAAGGAGUGAAUGGAAAAAUCACCUACGCUAUCGGCGAAGAAACGAGCUGGCUAUUCAGAGUUGACAACCUAACGGGUGUCAUUACAACUGCUGGCCCCUUGGAUCGCGAACGCCAAACUUCCUACAACUUCGUGGUGGUAGCUACGGACAGCGGCAAGUACGACGCCAGGAGUACCACGAUCCCGGUCGAGAUUCGAGUGAGCGACGUCAAUGAUAAUGCCCCUGUCUUCGACGAGUAUCCCUUUCGUGCCCGCGUGUCGAUCGGCACUCAGCCAGAGAAGAACAUUCUGCGAGUAGUGGCGACCGACGCCGACGACGGUCCCAAUGGAGAAGUGGUCUACUCCUUUCUGCACGAGCAAGAGAAGCCUAAAUUCAGGAUACACCCAAGUACAGGUGCCGUUACUGCGGCGUUAUCUCUGUCGCAGGAUAACGGCAAGACGUAUCACUUGGAGGUGCUGGCCAGGGACAAAGGAAAUCCACCGAAAAGCACUCGAGGAUUGAUCGAACUGCAAGUCGGGGAUCUCGCCGACUUGGCGCCAGUGUUGAAAUUUCAAAACGAGUCGUACGAAGUUGUUAUUCAGGAAAAUUCUGCGGCUGGCACCGAAGUAGUCCAAGUCUCGGCCGUUCGGUCGGACGGUAGAAGGCAACACGUUUCAUACUCCCUUGGAUCGGGCAACGACUUUGGCACGUUCAUUAUCGACGAAGAUACCGGCUUGUUGCGCGUGAAUGAUCCCUCUAGGUUGGACGCGGAAUUGUGGACCGAUAUGAGGGUGAAACCUGUGGAAGAACAAACCGAUGACAGUCGAACGAAUUCAUGGGGUAGAUCUCUGGAAGGACAGCAAUCCAAGGAGAAACCUAGAGAAAGUUCGCAGCAUGUGCUCGCUGUAGCUGCUAGAACCAGCGGUCCCGAUCCCUUGGAAGCAUACGUGAAGGUUGUAGUCAAAGUGUCCGACGUCAACGACAAUCCACCGAUCUUCACUCAAACACAGUACUCGGCAACGGUCCUGGAAGGCAACGUCAAAGGAGACUUUGUCGUCAAGCUUUCGGCCAGCGAUGCGGACCAAGGGAUGAACAGCAGAAUCUUGUAUCAUAUCGUCGACGGUAAUCCGGACAAUGCGUUCACCAUCAGUCCACCGUACAGCGGCAUAGUUCGAACCAAUAUCGUCCUCGAUCGUGAAAUACGAGAGAAAUAUAGACUAACGAUAAUCGCGACGGACCAAGGAAAUCCUCAGUUGACCGGAACGGCUGCUCUCAGCGUCCGCGUGAUCGAUAUCAACGACAAUCAACCGACUUUUCCAGAGCACAGUAUCAUCUCCGUUUCCGAAGGUACCGCUGUUGGCACCGUCUUAACCACCAUCACGGCGAACGACGUGGACAGUUCCCCGGCUCUGAGCUAUCGAUUUGGUAACGUGACCAGUCCAGGUCCUUUCAGUAUCGAUAGAUACGGAGGCAAGGUCGUUCUCCGAAGACGUUUGGAUGCCGAAACACGGUCGGAAUACAGCUUGCAAGUUAUCGCCAGCGACGGUGUUCACGAGGCGACCACGGACUUGAUAGUUCGUGUCAUGGAUCUCAACGACAACGCUCCACGGUUCCAGCAAUCCGCUUACAUCGCCACGCUGCCUGAAGGACGAGGGGACUUGCAAGAAAUUCUGACGGUAAACGCGACCGACGACGACCUUACAGAGGACAACAGUCGAGUACGAUAUUAUCUGCUGAAAGCUACCAAAGGUUUCUCAGUGCAUCCCGCAACCGGCGUUCUGACGGUUAAUCGUACCGCGAUACCAAGACCUUUGCCCAAAGAGGUGGAGUUGGCCAUCGUAGCGGAAGAUUACGGUAAGCCACCGGCCUCGUCCAUAUGUUCCGUCGUCGUGCGAUUGAGCAGCUUGAAGAGCAGCUUGCCCGGCAAAGAGUACAAGGUCACUGCGAAAGAAAAUACGUUGAAGGGCACCACUUUGAUGAGAUUGUCCGACGUGGACCUUUUGGACGGCGCCAUCGUUGCCGGCGAUGAUAGCGGAACGUUCGAAAUAUCCAGAGGCAAAUUGAUUCUCUCCAGAACGCUCGACAGAGAAACGAAAGACAAAUACGUUUUACGACUAGGCUCCAAGAACGAAAACAUGACGACCGGGUCGCUGGUAGGAGACGAACCUGUUACGGUAAUCAUUACGGUGGAAGAUGUGAACGAUAAUUACCCUCGUUUCUUGGAGGAUCUUCAUCAAGUAUCGAUCAAAGAGAACGCAGUACGCGGUACCACGGUGGCCAUGUUGCGCGCCAAGGACGACGAUCUGGCUGGCAGCGUGGCUGCGAAUUUAGCGUACGAAAUUACUUCCGGUAACGACGGUGGUCUGUUUCGCGUGGACAAAACCACCGGCGCUGUUCAAGUAAACGCAACCUUGGACUGCGAUCUCGAACCAGACAUUCACAAUCUAGUGGUCAUGGCGUGCGACAGCGAUCCAGUUUCUCCUCUGUGCGCUUUGACGAGGCUUCGUAUUCACCUGGAAGACGUGAACGACAAUUCACCCAAGUUCCCAGUCUCUGAAUACCUGGAAUUUGUCGGAGAGAACGAACCGAUCGGGACGAUCGUGUUUUCCGCGCGAGCGUCGGACUUGGAUCGCGGUAUAUUUGGAUCUUUGAACUACUCCAUAGUAUCUGCCGCGGCAACCGGAUUUUCCGAUAUCGACGAUAGCUGGAAAUUGUUCGCUGUAGAUGGAAAAUCCGGCACAGUGACGACGCGCGCUGUCUUUGAUUAUGAGCUGCGAAACAGAUACGCGUUCACUCUACGAGCAACCGAUACAGGUGGCCGAACGGCAGCCGUCAGAGUCCGAGUGGAGAUCGAAUCCAGGGAUGAAUUUUACCCGCAAUUCACAGAAAGAAUGUACAGAUUCGGUAUUAAAAACGGAGCUCAGGUGAUCCCUGGAACGGUGAUCGGUCAUGUAACAGCAACAGAUCGAGACAAAGGUCCCGACGGACGAGUCGUUUAUCAACUGACCUCGCAACACCCUUAUUUCAAACUGAAUCGCACCACAGGCGCGUUGAUUGUGAAGCAGAAGCUGGUGCACAUUGAUAUGGACGUGGAGGAAUCGUCGAGGUUAGUGGUCAGUGCCAGUUCCGGUAGACAGGGCUCUUUGUCGAACAUGACAGUGGUAGAAAUCACUUUGACGGAUGAUAGCGACGUGAACGAAGCUAGAGGCGCCACAGCUUUGGCUACCCCGAACGAUGUUGGGUCUAACAUGGCAGUCGCAGCGACUGGGGGCCUAGCCGAUUGGGCGUUAGGUUUAUUAAUCGCUUUGCUUUUGUUGGUUAUCGUCUUUGGUGCUAUUUUCCUCUACCUUCAUCUUCGAAAUCGAAGGCAUAAGAAACCGGGCACGAAACCGAGUUUAAACGGGGAGAGCAAUGCCACUGCGUCCAAUAGCUACGUGGAUCCAAGCGCCUUCGAUACUAUACCGAUUAGAAGCGUUGCCGGGGUGGGUGCAGGAGGAAACGGAGGCUCUGGGAACGGCAAUGGUGGAAGCGGUGCUGCUUCCUGUCAAUUUGCACCCCCCAAGUACGAUGAGAUACCACCGUAUGGUACCUCUGGUCAAUCCGGGCAGCAACAGGCGACUUCGGAAUUGUCCGGCAGCGACCAGUCCGGCUCGUCUGGCAGAGGCUCGGCCGAGGACGACGGAGAAGACGAAGAGAUUCGAAUGAUCAACGAAGGCCAACAGACUGGAGACUCGGCUAGUGAUCUCUCGGUUCACAAUACUCAGGAAUAUUUAGCCAGGUUAGGCAUCGUCGACCCUCCGGCUGGUACUCCGAGAAGACCGCCUGAAGCGCUGCCUCUCGAUAGCUUACACUUGUUCGAGGACGAGGCCGCCACCGAAGCCGAUAUCGCCACCUUGAUUUAUGGGAAAAUCGGGGAACCUGGAAGGCCGAUGUCGGGUUUAGAAGUUCCUGGAGGUCCAUCGAUGAACGGAUCCCUAAGUUCCAUCGUUCAUAGCGAGGAGGAACUGACUGGAUCGUACAAUUGGGACUAUCUGCUGGAUUGGGGUCCUCAUUAUCAACCACUUGCUCACGUGUUCAGCGAAAUCGCCAGGCUGAAAGACGACGCUGCUAGCGUUCAAAGCGGAAAUUCAGGAAGCAGCGGCAAGACCAAGUCUGUACAUAAAGCCCCGCCCCCGCCAUUGCUCACUUCCGUUGCUCCUAGGUCGUUGGCGGCUCCCGCGUUAGCCAGGGGCAUUCUUCCAAGAUCUCCGAUCAGCCACGAUGCUUCCACUUUCCCAUCGGCGGCCCUUAGCCCGAGUUUUUCUCCGUCCUUAUCUCCUCUCGCCACCAGAAGUCCUAGUAUCAGUCCUUUGGUGCCACCUGCCACUCAAAGGUCCGGUCAAAGUGCCAAUAGAGGUAUUCCAGUUACCGACGCUGAAUUAAGGAUCUAACGGUAUAUCGAAAUCAUAGUCGCGUUGCGUCAGAUAUUAGUAUUAGUCCCGUUAUAUCUUGGAUCCGGUAACGCGUAUAUUCGAUAGCGUCGAUUCGAAAAUUGCGAGUUAUAUUUUAGAGAAUGUUUUAAUCGGAGUUUAUCGCGUUGAAAGCGUCGUUAGCGUAUACCCGAUUUCGUGUGAUUACAGUAUGAGCGCAGUGUGUAUAAAAUAGAGACUUUAAGUUGACUGACCUUCGACGAGAUUCUCGAAGGUGCCAAAGUGCACAUUUUUUUAUUUCCGCCGUGAUAGUCACGAACGCCUCUUUUACGCGUCUAGUUGUAGAAUCGAAACGAACGUUUGUAGAUAAUCCCGUAUUCUCGUACUCGCGCAACGAUCCUAACGUAUAGAACGUAUGACCUGCGGAAAAGAGGCGAUUGCGCGAUAUUUUUUUAAGCAUAGAUAUACGACUGUUACUUGCCGUUUCGAUCGUCGGUCGAUCGAUAGUUAAAAUAAUACUCGUUUGUUUGUACAUAGAGGAGUCCGAAAUGGGCCUCGUAAUCGUUAAGCAAUCGUGUAAAUAAUACUCAUGCGAAAAAACAAGAAAAAAUUGACCAUUACGCCUUAUAAUCAAAAGAUAGACUCGAUAGCGCACCGAUAGUCUCGAUUCGAAGUCCGUGUCUUCGUGCCAUGCCCGUUGAAACGCGCGGCUGUACAGUCACCUUAAUUUCGUUAGAGACCGAGACGAAUCGGUCGAUCGCUCGAACGAACGUUUCCUCGAGCAUGGCGAUAUCAACGGAUUGAAAAUGCGUCGACACGAGCGAACUGAUCGAUCCGAUAUUCGUGCUCGCGCAACUCCGGAGAUACCUUUUCAUGCCCCGUUUCAUUUUUACUUUGUGCUGGUCUUCCAAUUGGAAUUUCGAUGUAACGGAAGACGACAACGUUUUUCUCAGCCAGGUAUAUAUAUACAUAAAAAUAUUAGGAAAUAGGUAUGUCAUAUUUUGUAUAAAAAAAAACAACUCUUUGUACAAAGACUCUUCUGUGAGCCCAGGAUUCACUUGACGGUGAAUUUUAAAUAAAUGAAUUUUUUAGGAAUCUA